AAGAACGAAGAAAUACCCCAUCCCCUUUCUCUCACUUCUGAAACCUAAUCCUAAGCCCAGCCAGCCACCGUCACCGUCCCUCAUCGCCGAACUCUUCUCCUCCGGUAUAGGGUGCUGUCGCCGCCGGCCGGGACAAAGCGUGGGUGCCGUCUCACUCUUCUCAUCGCAGAACACUUCGUAGUUCUCAUCGCUCCUCUUCUCGUCGCCGUCGCACGAGGACGCGUUGAUCCGGUGGCGUUGCCGUCGCGAAGGUUGAUCGGUCAGUCAUCGUCUUUUCGAGCUCUCUCUCUCUCUCUGUCUGAAGCCAGCAUCCCUCCUCGAGCUGUCUGUUGCUCUGUGUCCGUGCUCACUUUCCUUUCUCCGUUGCCGUCACUUCCCACUCAUCGCCGUCACUUGCCUUCCUCCUUCACCGGCACUUUUGCUCGCGGAAGCACUAACGGCUUCUGGCCACAGCAUCGCCGGAGGUGAUCCUCUUCCUCCGCUCUUGGAAAAACCAAAAUGGGCUCUGUGGCUACACCACUUCUGACUAUUCAAUUUCCUGCUGCUAUUACGGAAACCAUCAGGAACUCCAAAUUGGGUGCAAGUUUCAAUAAAAUCUGUAGAAGUACAGGAAAAGGAAUACUCAGUUUCUCUUUUGCUGGUGGCAACCACAUCGUUGGGGUUAACUUUGCAAUCAAAGCAGGCAAAGGAGUAUCAAAUUUGAAAACUGGGCAACAAGAAGGAACUUGGGAGGAACCAGAUAUUGACAGUGACAGUGAAUCUGAUGGUGAAGAUGAGGAAGCUGAGGAUGAGAACCUUGGAUUUGAAAGCGAUUGGGAGGGGGAAGAAACAAAGACUUCAGCUACUACUGUUGCAAAUAUAAAUUCAACUGACACAAACGAGGAACACGUUAAGAGAGAGAUUGAACAGCUUUUGGACCCAGAUGAAAGAGCAAUAUUGCAACAGAAUGUGACUCCUAACUUGGAAAAAAUAUCAACUGAAAAAUGGAUCCCUUUGCACACCCUUGCUCUGUCAAUGCAGAUGAGUUGCAUGGAUAAGCUUCUUGAAGAUGGUUUUGAUAUUGAUUUCAUUAAUAAGGAAGGUCUCACUGCACUUCAUAAGGCAAUUAUAGGCAAAAAAGAAGCUGUGAUAAGCCAUCUUUUAAGGAAAGGUGCAAGUCCUCAUGUGAAGGACAAGGUUGGAGCUACUCCACUUCAUUAUGCGGUUCAAGUUGGUGCCAAGCAAACUGUGAAAUUAUUAAUCAAGUAUAAUGUCGAUGUCAAUGUUGCAGAUAAUGAAGGUUGGACUCCAUUGCACGUUGCCGUUCAAAGUAGAAACAGAGAUAUAGCAAAAAUUUUGUUAGUCAAUGGUGCAGAUAAAACAAGGAAAACUAAGGGAUAAAAGAAAAAUUAAUAUGAAUAUAUAACAGGAUUGGAUCCCAAGCCUAGAAAGACGAGGAGGGUUGUUCGGUGUGCGACUGCCAACGUAAAACAAUGUCGCAUCCCAAUAUGGCCACGACGCAAUGAUGUCGUUGAAGCCAUUUGGGUUGUGUUAGGCUUGCAAUAGCCAACAUAAAACAAGGUCACAUCUCAAAGCAUGGACACAACACAAUGGCGUCUUGAUCCAUGUAGCUGACCCCAUUUAGUGGGGAAAGGCUUUGUUAAGUAAGCAAGUAUAUAACAGGCCUGGAGAGGAGAUUCUCCUUCCAAAACAAACACAAACAAAAGAAGCAACUUAAGAUGAAGCAUAGCUUUCCAGUCACUCAACAAGCUUGGUAAAAGGAUAAUGAGGCUUACACCAAAUAGAGGAUAACCGAGAUCUUUAAUCCUCCCAUGUUCUCAGUCUUAUGUUAUUCUUCUUUUAUCCAAAAAACAGAGGUCGUGUCAAAUGUCUAAUCCUAUCCGCAUGUCUAGCUUCUUUGAAAAGCUAUUGUUGAAUGUGCAAGAAUUUUGCACUAUAUUCCAAACAGUAGCAUAUAUGACGCCACAAAAAUUUGGCCUCUUUUCUUCUCCGAAAACCAGUAAAACUAAUCAAUAAGAACUAUUCUACCCCUACGGUUUUAGGGAAUAGCCAUAUGUAGCCUUAGAACCUGAAAAAUGUUUUAUUAAGCACUCCAAUUUGGUCCCUCAUUGUUAAUGAUGGACUUCAAGUUAUCCCCUUAAUUUGUC